AUUUCAAAAAAUAGAAACUAGUUUCCUCCUCUCAGGAGUCGGAAAUCAGAAGUAUUUGAACCCUAAUUUCUAGUAAAUCGGACGAGAUUGAAGGAUGUCGGGGGUCACAAACACGCAGCAGGAGGAAGACAAGAAGCCUAACGAUCAAUCGGCGCAUAUCAAUCUGAAGGUCAAAGGCCAGGAUGGGAACGAGGUGUUCUUCAGGAUUAAAAGGAGCACUCAGCUGAAGAAACUAAUGAAUGCUUACUGUGAUCGACAAUCUGUGGAUCUGAACUCCAUUGCUUUUCUAUUCGAUGGUCGUCGUCUUCGAGCAGAGCAGACCCCGGACGAGCUAGAGAUGGAGGAUGGGGAUGAGAUCGAUGCAAUGUUGCACCAAACAGGUGGAUCGAGUGGUUGAUAUGGGAUACGUGGUCCUUUAGUAUCUGUAUUCUGAUUGAAAAAGGAAAAUGUGGGUCAUUUAGAUUCUUGCAGGUGGUUUAUAUUAGGUGUAGAUUCUGGAAAGACUUCCCAAAGUUUAUGCUUUAUGUUGUGGCUUGGCUCGUUGUAUGGAUUGAACGCUCUGCUUAUUUGCUAAGUUAAUUACAAUGUACCUUCCUGGUUUCCUCCUCA